AUGGAGCCGAGACCGGAAUUCUCACCAUUUCAGCGCAUGCUCCGCGUCACUGGUGAGAUUCGUUACCUCCUUGUCAGCCUGCUCAAUAUGAAACCCCUGGCUGGAGAGAACGAGGAAUGUCCCGAGGGCUGGUGGGAUGUGGGCUCAAGGGAGAACUUUCUGGCCUACUUCCGUCGCUUUCUGGAACUCCUGUCCUAUCUGCAAGUUGCCAGCACGGAUCGUACUCUCCUCCUUUCAGCCAUAAAAGAAGCUCGCGACGCUUUUGAGGACCGUGUCGGUGUUAUAGAUCGUUGCUUUCGGGUGAAGCCUUUCACCAGAACACAGACUGAUCGCGCUGCCGACCGUGACAAUAGCGGCAUAGAAAACCUCACUUUCCAAACUCUGGGAGCCACCUCGGAGGUCUAUGAGUACGACGUGGCUACUAUGAAAACAAUCGCCUUCUGUGCUCAGUGCUCGGCUAACCUCUGGGUGCGAAAUGGUCUGGUCAUUCAGAAUAUCAUGCAAAACAUGUUCAAUAACCUACGGGUGGAAAUGGUGGACCGAAAUUACCAACUGAUUCAACAGGCAGCUGCAGUUUUGUCACCGGACGAGUUGAUCGUCCGUAUGGUGCACAAGCUCAAUCUGAGGGACUAUUUAAGGUGA